AUGUAUGGGGACAAGUCUUGCAAUUCCGUAUUCAACACUAUACGCAUUCCCACGCCACGCUUUCUGUCCACAAACACCUCCAGAGUUGUAUCUAAGCUUGGAGACUCCGCCGCAGAACAGUUGAGCAGCCUCUGCUCCAAAGGACAUAUCAAAGAAGCCUUUGGGAGCUUUAAAUCUGAGAUAUGGUCAAACCCAUCUCUCUUCUCACACCUCCUCCAAGCAUGCAUACCCAGAAAGUCACUUUCAUUAGGAAAGCAGCUCCAUUCUUUGAUUAUCACAUCUGGAUGUUCCGCGGACAAGUUCGUAUCCAAUCACCUCCUCAACUUUUACUCCAAAGUUGGAGACUUGGGAGCAGCGUUAACUCUGUUUGGUCAUCUGCCAAGGAGAAAUAUUAUGUCUUGCAACAUUUUGAUCAAUGGGUAUGUGCAAAAGGGUGAUUUGGAAAGUGCCCAGAAGGUGUUCAACGAAAUGCCUGAGAGAAAUGUGGCUACGUGGAAUGCCAUGGUCACGGGUUUGACCCAGUUUCAAUUUAAUGAGGAGGGGUUGGGUUUGUUUUCGGAAAUGCACGAGUUGGGGUUUGAGUUCAAUUUGGUUGUUGGGAGCUCUUUGGCUCAUAUGUAUAUGAAGUCUGGUGGCUUGGAAGAAGGGGAAAGAGUAAUUAAAUCACUGCCAAUUCGAAAUGUGGUUGCUUGGAAUACUCUCAUUGCAGGAAAAGCUCAAAAUGGGCACUCUGAGGCAGUGUUGGAUCAGUAUAAUAUAAUGAAAAUCGCAGGUUUUCGACCUGAUAAGGUCACAUUUGUGAGUGUUAUUAGUUCAUGUUCGGAAUUGGCAACACUCGGACAGGGUCAGCAGAUUCAUGCUGAAGCAAUUAAAGCUGGGGCUAGCACAGUUGAUGCGGUCAUUAGUUCCUUAAUUAGCAUGUAUUCAAGAUGCGGGUGUCUUGAAGAUUCUCAAAAAGCUUUCAAGGAAAGUGUAGGUGGAGAUGUUGUACUACGGAGUUCUAUGAUUUCUGCUUAUGGGUUUCAUGGACGAGUAGAGGAAGCCAUUCAGCUGUUUGAGGAGAUGGAGCAGGAAGAAUUAGAGGCAAACGAAGUUACUUUCUUAAGUUUGCUUUAUGCCUGCAGUCAUUGUGGAUUGAAGGAGAAAGGGAUUGAGUUCUUCAACUCAAUGGUAGAAAAGUAUGGGUUGAAGCCUAGACUAGAGCACUAUACAUGUGUAGUUGACCUGCUUGGCCGGUCUGGCCGUUUGGAGGAAGCUGAGUCAAUGAUAAGAUCAAUGCCGGUUAAAGCAGAUGCUAUCAUAUGGAAAACUUUGUUAUCUGCAUGUAAAAUCCACAGGAACGCAAAUAUAGCAAAAAGGAUUUCUGAAGAAGUUAUUAGGCAAGAUCCACAGGACUCGGCUUCUUACGUGCUACUUUCAAACAUUCAUGCUUCAGCUAGAAGGUGGCAGGAUGUUUCUGAGGUGAGAAAAGCCAUGAGAGAUAGAAAGGUCAAGAAGGAGCCAGGCAUAAGCUGGCUGGAAAUUAAAAAUCAAGUUCACCAGUUCUGUAUUGGUGAUAAAUCACAUCCACAAUCUAAGGAGCUUGAUAUGUAUCUUCAAGAACUAACAUCUGAGUUGAAGUUGCAUGGUUAUGUGCCUGAUACUGGCUCUGUUUUGCAUGACAUGGAUAACGAGGAGAAAGAAUACAACUUGGCUCACCAUAGUGAGAAGUUGGCAAUUGCUUUUGCAUUAAUGAACACACCUGAGGGUGUACCGGUAAGGGUGAUGAAGAAUUUGCGUGUUUGCAUUGAUUGUCAUGUUGCUAUUAACAUAACGGUAAGGAAGACCAAAUCGAAGGAAGGUGAAGACGACAUUGACAAAGUUCUUGGAAUUCCCAUCAUGAAAUUUUCAUAUGUUGACUUGCAAGUUGCAAUAGAGGAUUUCAAGGAAGAACUUGGAAGUGGAGGCUUUGGUUCUGUGAUCAAAGGAGUUAUGGCAGAUAGCACAAUGAUUGCAGUAAAGCGGUUGGAUAACAGGGGCCAGGGGAUGAGGGCGUUCCUAGUUGAAGUUGAUACAAUUGGGAGACUUCACCAUUUUAACCUCGUAAGGUUGAUUAGAUUUUGUGCAUAA